UCAAGAGGAGACCUACUUGAGCCUUCGGAAAGAGCGAGGACAACCCGAGAUCAAGAUGUCGCUGAUGGUCAAGAAGCCGUUGGAUCCAGAUCCCAAGUCUGAACAAGUGGCAUCAACCUACCAUAGGGAGACAAAAAGACAGAAGAGACUUGUUGUUGAUGACUUAUAUCACUAUGAUCAUGUUGGGGGGAAAUCUCCUGCCAUGGAGCGGGCGGAAGAGUUUCGAGCAAAUUUGCCAGCUGAAAUCCCUAGCUUCCUGAAGACUAUGGUGCGUUCAAAUGUUACUACUGGAUUUUGGCUGCAUCUUCCCAUGCCAUUCUGCAAAUUGCAUAUGCCAAGGCACAAUAUCACUGUUACUUUGGAAGAUGAGAAUGGGGAAGAAUACCCUGUAAACUACAUUGUGGAUAAGACAGCCCUAAGUGCUGGAUGGAAAAAGUUCUCAAGUGCUCGAGAAUUAAAGGAGGGCGAUGUACUAGUUUUCCAGUUGGUCAGACCCUCCAUCUUCAAGGUACACAUUGUGAGAGGGAGUGGCUCCCAAGGGGCUUUUGGUCUGGAUGCACCCAGAAAACAAAAUGAUUCCGAAAAUCGGAUGGACAAGGAAGUCAUACCCAACGAGAAGUCCCCAAGCUCAGGACCUGUUUCACAAGACGCAUCUCCUGACAAUGCUCAUAGCAAAAGCUUGAUGGUUUUGGAUACUAAUCCCCCAUGCACGCCUGAUCAGUCUGCCAAGUUGGGCAAUGAGGUUGGUCCGGAUGCCACACAUGGGACUAGACUCUCAAACUCAAUAUCUGCCAUUGAUUGCGGAGAGGCAACAAGCAACAACAGUCUGACCGUACUCGUCAAUGGCACAGUUAUUGACUCUGACCUUUCUGAGUACCAGAGGACAAGAUAUUCGGACCUCUGCUCCAGUCAGAAUGGGUUUCUGCAUGACAACCUUCUCAAGAGCAUAAAUUACAAGCUGGCUGCUGAGAUGAUUUCUGAAACAGUCAACAUUGCGGAUGCCAUUAAAGCUAGCAACCUCUCCACUUCGAGAGCAGACCUUGAGAUGUGGGAUAAGACUUUGGAGGGAUUUGAGCUUCUGGGAAUGAAAGUUGGAUUUUUACGCGCUCGGUUGGACCAAAUCAAGAAUGUCGCUUCGGAGUUAGAGAGGUAUCGAGAUGCCGAAAGCAAGCAAGCUGCAGUCAAGGAGGAGAUGAAGAGCGUUCAAGUAAGGCUAUCGAAGUUGAAGAAGUUGAAGAAAAGACUCGAUGCUGAUAUAGAAUCUCUGAAACCGAAUGCAGAGAGGCAUGAACUAGUGUUCGAGGAGGAGGCUAGCGCUCCAUGGUGAUGAGAAAUCUGCAAGCAAGAAUGUACUUCUGCGAAAUGUUCUUUUCAGUAGUGGACGCAGUUGCAAGACCAUAUUAUUUGGGCCAUUGUAAUUUAUUGUAAUAUCGUCGAUGGUUACAACUGCAUCCAUAAUGGCAAGAGUCUGAAAAA